AUGUUUAGUUUUCACGAAACUGCGUUGAUACCAAGGGGCACGACGACCGCCGCCGCUGCCGCUGCCGCCGCCGCCGCCGUUGCCGCCAUCGCGACUCCCUUGAAAGAAGAGGCGGUGAACGCCAGUGCUCUGCGGGCCACUUCUUGGAUGGCCCCAACGACGACCAUGGUCGACGCGAGUCCUGCCAGGUCAGUGCAUUGUGCUGAUCGAGAGCGAGAGGCGAAAUCACCCCAUGGAGACAGCGAUGACGAUGACAACGGCGACAACGACAACGACGACGACGACGCAAAAGCUUUAAAUUUUAAUCACAGUCAAGCAUACUUCUCUCUCGCCGCUUCGCACCAUGUUGGUUGA